CUAUGUUACUUAUCUUGCGCGACCCAUUGACAACCUCUUAACCGGCUAGAUAACCAACUGAUAUAGUGCCAGCUUGCCUUCUUCGCGCCUAUUAAUUCCCGAUUGAUUGUGUUGAUUGCUAAAUACAGAUUUCUUCUCUUCCAUUAUGGAAACUGCACGUAAUCAGGGAUGCAUUUUAGACUGUGCUUUUAAUUUUUCAAAAUUCAAACAUAAUUUCUUUGCUUGCUGUCAAAGAGUUCUUGUGUGGGUUUGUAGAGUGGUUUUUGACAGUAUUCUUGCUGGCUAUGGAUUCACGUUCGCAGCAGCCGAUGAUUAAUUUGUCAGGCUCAGGUCGGAAGAGGAACAAAGAAAAUCAAUCAGAUGCUUCACUUGCUGGUAUUCGUCAACAAGGUUCUGAAAAUGCUCUGGAUUUGUUCCUACAAAGACGCGCUGAAAUCAUUAAGAGAUCCAGGACCAUCGGCACUUCGUCAGAGUUCGACAAAAACAGCAGAGCCACGAGUCAGGUCCCUCUAUCAACUAUUGAUCAGAGUGCAUCAUAUCAAUCAAUCAGGCGUGCCCGGUUGUCCAAUUUUGAUCAAAAUCCAAGCCCUGGCUCUGUGUUGGAUUCUACCGUCACAAACGUGAUGCCUUCUACCAAUGCAGCCACAGGUUGGAUUCAAGUAAUUUUAAAUAAUUUUUCAAAAUAAAAUUACAUCACUUUUUCCAAAACAAUACUAAAUAUUUGGUGUUAGUUAACUGAAGAAGCAUGACAUAUUAAGAAAUUGAAACAUUCUAUUCACCAGGCUUGGAAAUAUUUUAUUUAUUCAUUAAAAUAGUAUUUGAGAAGGAGUACAUGUUUAAAAUGCCUUUCUAUUGGCGUCCUCCGAGUAGACAUAUUGAAAUCUACACUAAAUUGCUAAGAGCUACUAAUUCCCAACUCACUUAAGAGUGUUGUUAAUAGUCUACUGUAAAUGAUCUAAGCCAAAUGAAUAUUGUUUUCUGAGCUGGCAAGGCAGUGGAAGUUUAGACUGAAGGCUUAAAGAUGCAUCAUACACUUCUGGUAAACCAGCAAGUGAUUUGAAUUAUGCACGUUGCUCCAUCGUCACCUUGAUCCGUAAAGUGGGGUCAUUUCUAUGGGUAAAACCUCUAAAAUCUUAACCUCAUAACUUGAGUUUCUGAAUAAAGGCCAUCAAGAAGAGGAGCAAUUUUAAAAAGAAUCAUCAGAAGACCAACAGCUGCCAAACGUAGAGGAAGAGGUCCUGGAAUAGAAAAGCUCUAUGCGCAGAAGCUUGCCAGCCAUUCUCCAAAUGUGUCAAACCAUCACACCUUAACUAAAGAAGAUCGAGGUGUAUAGAUACCUCCAUUUACUAAUUUAAAAAGUAAUCAGACUCGGAUUGAUCCACGCAUUGUAGAAAGCUCUGUUUCAGCCAAACAUAAAGAAAAUUACCGUCUCAUUAUAACAACUGCUCUGGAACCUGAGCAAAUUUGGCUAAAGCGACCUGAAUCAAUUCUUUUCUGCUUGAGGAUGCACUGAUAAGAAAUGAAAAUGCAAGGAAAACAUGGGACUCAAAAAUCUGGACUACAAUACUGAAUGACAAUUUCAGUUGGGACCUUGAUUCAGAAAUCUGAUCAUUAGCCAGUCAACAAAGUUAUGUCAACAGACUCAACAGACAUUAUUUCGAAUCUGACCUUUCUUAAUUCAACUUUCUGGAACAUCCACUGUGUACUGUAGGUAAUAUACAUUUUUCUUAUUUAAUUCUUACCCUUUUGUUAUUACUAUUUUCUGAAUUGAGGUCCUGCAUAUGUGUAGAGAGUUAAGGAUAUUUUUUUCUAUUUGAACAUCAAGGUUAUUAUCCACAAUCCGUAACCCAUGACUAAUUUUCUUCCAUAGCACUACAUGAAUAUUUAUUCCUUUAGUAGUUCUGGUGUAACAGAUUACAUUUACCUAAGACAUAGAUUCAGUUACAUAUCAAAAAUUUUGCGUGUUCAAGAAAAUUGGUUCAACUUUUAUCAAAUGCUCUUAUCCAAGAUAUUGAUGUUGUGAUUAAUAUGCUAAAAAUACUAGACUGAGGCACUGAUUGAAAUUUUAUGAUUUUCUUUAGCUAUUAUCAUAUUUACAUGGAGGCACUGACUGCUUUACAAUUUUUGAACUUAUCUAGGUAAUUACAUAUUACAAGUUUGAAAUCAUGGAUCUACAUUUUAGCCUUGCCUCUGCUUUACAAGUUUGGAACCAAUGACUUGAGGAUAUCAUUCAAAAUAUAUUAAUUGUUUGAUAAUCCUUCUGGAUUUGUUGCACUGUCCCUGCAAUUACAUGGAUCAAUGAUCUUUUAUUACAUAAAUAAUAAGCAUUAUAUCGAGCAUUCACAAGUUUUAUUUAAAAUCAAGCAUGAUUUCCUAUUAGUGAUACUAGAUUGUCCUAUUAGUGAUGAGAGAAGAGCAACUCAUGGCCAUCAAGGAUGGUUGUUAUUCCUCUGGUGCUCAUUUGUUGGUUUUGUAUCCGGUGUCUAAUCAAGGUUGUUUUCUGGACCAUAUGAUUUCCUGUAAUAGCCUGGUACUUGGUUAUGCCUAGGAGUUGUACCAGCAUGGCUGUAGAGUUGCUCCGAUUAACAUCUAUAAGAAUAUAGUGCAGUCUGUUAAAGCAUUUUGACCGAAGAUAUCUUGAAUUGAGUUUGCUGCAGCAACAUCCUGUCUGGAUAAAGACACCAAACAAUUUUCCUUCCUUUCUCACAUGAAUUCAUUCUACAUGGUUUUUCAGUCUCAAUAUUUGCUGUAACAACUUCCCUGUGUCAUUCUGGCUUAAAAAUUCCUUUGAAUGCAUAUACACCUGAAUACCUUCCCUGGCAUUGUCCCUGAUUACUGAACACAUAUAAUCUCCUGUAUGCUUGAGGCUACUCUUUAGUUGCUGCAAAAAAAGGUUGUGUGUGAUUUAUAUUUUUUUCAUAGAAAUUUUGAAGUUUGGUAAAGUUUUAAAUGGAGGAAAAUUUUGGAAUGUAAUAUUUAUAAUUAUGUAUUAAUUUAUUUAUCAAUCCAUAAAAAAUAUAUCAACUAAUUAUUUUAAUAUUAUAGAUAUUUCCUUUUAAAGAAAUUACUCUCCUUAUUUUUAAUGACUUUUUAUUAAAUUAUAAACUUGAUUUAUAUAUUUUUAGGAUUAUUAUAUAAGUAGUUUUUUAUUCACUUUCAAAUUUAAAUUUAAUAUUAUAUGCAAAUAUAACUCAAGUCCGGAAAAUCAACAUAAUCAAGAAUUAUAAGAAUCAUGAUUGUAAUUUUUCAAUUAAAAUUCACAAUUACGAUCCAAUUACUAAGUGUUUAGAGCGAGGUGUUUAUAAUGUUUACAGGAUUCGAGUCAAGAAGGCAUGAAGAAAUUGCUAAAGCAUCGGGAAUUAACACUAGCAGCAAGAUUUUCGGAGAAGCAUGUUAAAUUCAAGUUACAGGUUUUUGCAGUGAAUUCAAGUUGCAGGUUUUUGCAGGUGCACUCAAGUUAAAGAUUUUUACAGGUUUAAGUUCAGGUGGAGUGAACAUCAGCCGUGUUACUCGAAAAUGAUGGUGCACAAACUGAAAAUAGGAGCCUUUACAAGUGGCACGCUGGUUUCUAUUCUUAUGUUUGUUGGAGCCUGCAAAGUGUAGGAGGCUAGAUGUUUUUUUUUUCUUCAGUCCAUUUUUACAGGUAAUUCAUUUUUCGGAUACAAGAGUCAGAAACUAGGCUCGACAUCAGUUACAUAGUGCUCUGAUGGCAACACCACACAGACAUGUCCACUUAAUAAUCCAGAAAUAUGCUGACACCGAUAAUUUAUCAGCACAACAAUGUCCAGAGUAUUUCAGGUGGAUUUACCAGGUGGAUAACAAUAUUAAGUGAAUAUGACCUGAUGAUUAUGUACUUUGUUUCCAAUGUGAUCGGAUUAAUUUUUAUUUUUCUUUUGGAAAAAAAGAAUCAUCCUCAUUUAUGUUAAUACAUGAAUUGUUUAGUUUGA